AUGCGAUAUAUAUCUAGCGUUGAGGUAGUGUAUGGAGAUGGUUCCGAAGCAAUAGAUAAGCAGGAUAUCAAUAAGGGUUUUGGCGGUGAAUAUGUCUACCUAGUCCCAAGAUACACCACAGACCGUAGCAAAGCUGCAAGUGGCUUCAGCGUCCACACCUCAUUCAUCGAAGACUUGGAAGCGAAUGAUAUAUCGAAGGGGGAUGGUUCGACACUUUACCGCUAUAUCCAUACUCACUACUAUUUAAACAACUCUGACAUGAGGGUGGUCAGUUCAGUCCAUCUUAGAGAGGAGGAGAUGGGCGAUGGGAACACUGGCAAUCUCAAUAAAGACAGAGGAGGCAGGUUUUUGUAUCUCUGCUGGAAAUAUGCCGACUAG